UGGCUCAGCUGUCCUUGGACCGGCUCCGUCAGAUGGAGGCUGCAGUGCUCUGCUGAGUAGCGGUGAGACAGCAUCCGCUCGCUCCGUCAGCAGCCGAGAGACGAGCCUGAGUCCUGGAAGAGGAAACUACAGCGCCCACAAUCCUCCGGCCGCAGCCCAGACUGUCGCCUGGCCCGGAGCGAAGCCCCGUGGAACCCUGGGAGUCGCGGUCUUCGCCGGCCGGUGGGGGAGGCAGAGACAGGGGGAGACGUGCCAUGACAACCGUCAGAGAGAGCGAGGGAGAGAGGAAGUGACUGCUGAGCCAUGUCCACCGGCCUGGACGACGCAGACAACGUGUUUGACCUGAACGAAGCGAUCCCAGAGACCGAGCUGCUGGAUAACAGCAUCCAGAAAGGCCGAGCCCAGCUGUCCGUCAAGGCACGGAGGCACCGCCCCUCCAGGUCCCGUUACCGUGACAGCGUGAGCUCGACGGAGGGAGACGACAGCCUGGACAGGAAGGACAGUCCGUUACACUCUGCCCGCUCACCUCUCCACCUGGCCAUGCAAGGCUCCUCCCCAUCCCCUGAUUCGCUGUUGUCAGCCCGAAGCCCCGCCUUCUCCUUUGACGCAUCACUGGUGCGCCGCUCUCCGGAGGACGGAGGCGCGUCAUUGGCUGCUCCUCCACGGGGGCGGUACCACCAGCUGACCAAUGCGACGUCUCAGGAGGCUCUGGUGACGCCCAGCAGCUCACCGUCCAAAUCCUGCCCCUCCUCCGAUGGCUCACCUGUCUACAUGAGGAGGAGCAGAAGGCCCGACAGUGAAGUGUUGGUGUCUGAUGCGAGUCAGGACACCAGUCCAGCUGAUCCCAGCAGUCCAACCGUCGUCUUUGACAAGAAAACUAAGAAACGCUUCCUGGAUCUGGGGGUGACGCUGAGACGUUCGUAUGUCAGGGUGAGGAAAGAUAAAUCCAACAGGCUCUCUGUGGGCAGCAGAGAGCCGUCUGAGAGUCCAUCUCGCUCCUCUGGAUCCUUCGUCCCGUUCUCCUGGUUCACCGAAGGACGGGGGUCACUGUCCUCCUCUGGGACUCCCCCCUGCUCCCCCAAACUCCCUCCACUGAGCUCCCCACGACCACGCAAGUCUCACUCCCAGGAGUCGGCUCUCAGUGAGGAGUUUUCUCCUCCUCACACCUCCUCCUCCACCUCUCCUCCUGUUGACUCCUCCUCCUCCAGAUCCUCCCAUCCAUACCACACCCUGUCCCAGUCCUCUGAUGAGCCUGGCGAUGAACCGUCCUCUGUGGUCUCCUCAUGGACGACUCAGCAGGUCUGUCAGUGGCUCAGAGGACUCAACAUGGAGCAGUACGUCCCAGAAUUCAAUGCAAGAGACAUCGAUGGACAGCAGCUGCUGCAGAUGGACGGCAGCAAGCUGAAGGGUCUGGGCGUGCUCAGUUCGUCCGAUCGCAGCGCGCUGAAGCGUCGCAUUAAAGACAUCCACACUGCGGCAGAGAAGGAGAGAAAAGCUCUGGACAAACUGGAGAAACAGAAAGAGAAACAACGAAGGAAAGACCAGGAGCAGCACAGGAACUGAAGACCACCGCCAGAGGGAGGCAGAGGACAUCCAGGGGGGAGGACAGGUGGAAGGCACGAGGAGAGAGCGUUCACAGGAUCCAGGGUCACGUCUGUGGGUGUGGUUUCCACACAUCCUGGAAAACCUGGAAAUCUCUCGUACAGCUCUCAUGGAAGAGUCCUGGAAAAUCACAACAUGGUCCUGGAAAGUUUGAUGAGAGCAGAAGGAGAAAACCAGGUCCUGGAGUCUGAACUGAGGCCGAAUCCUGACGUGAGGGGAAAGAGUGUAAAAGUUCGGAGAUGAAAAACUUAAAUGGUGACAUAUUCUGUAAAGUCUGUUUCCUACGGUGGCCCUGGAGGACAAACCAAGCAGUGCAAUAUUUCUCCUCUUCCUCAGGUUUUAUUUUUUCACAUUUCUGUUUCUGAGUCCGGAUUCGCUGUUUUUUUUCAUGAUGUUAAACACUGAUCGACCAUGUGAAGAAAUCAGAACAUGUUACAAACAUUGUACUUUCACAGCAUCAUCACGUUUUUAUGACUCGUGUGUUUUGUCCUUCAGAGCCACCGUAAUUUUUAUAGUAAAUAAAAGGACACGUCAUUUGAUCCUUUGUAUCCCACAAUCCCACACUCAUUAACUAGCCUGGAGCUGAUGCUGUGAACAGGUGUUCAGGGAGGAAUCUGAGAAACACCUGAGCUGACGUGAAGAAUGGAAGCCUAGAAAGGUCAUAACAGUUUGAGUUUAUAAUCAGCUGAAAAGCUAAGUGUGAAAUUUAAUCUCAGCUAAAAACCUGAU